CCCGGAGAAAAUGCCUCCCUGGCAGUGUGUCGGGGUCCUUGCGCUGUUGUGUGCGUUCAGGGUGAGCUCCGCACAGGUUUUCGCUCGGCUGUUAUCGCCGCUUGAUUCCUGUCGGUAUUGCUGAGUCAGAAAGCAGGAGAUGGGAAAUUAGUGCUGAUCUAAUAGAUGGUGUUGCAGAGGAUUGAGGUUCAUGAGAGCUGUGUAACAAACCUUAAGAAUUUAAGAGGCAAGUCGUACUGUUACGUGGAUGGUGAUUGCUGUAAACGAUUACGUACAACCGGUCCAGUUUGCUUUUUCCGUUCUGGUUAAUAUUUGAAGGGAUCACAUUUGGGAUUUAUUCGUAUUUUACAUUCUGUUUUGAUUUCCAAAAUGGAUUGCUUUAUUUUCUAACCUCGUAGAAAUUUUUGAUUGAAAACAAACAGUAUUUAUAAAGCAUCCCUUCAGAGCCACCAUUUUGAAACUCUACAGAAUUACAUAAAUGUUAAAUUUUAGCUUUAUAUUUAAUGUUAUGUCUCGCUAUUUCCAAGGUACAAGUCAGUGUCUGUAUAUAAAUAUUUUAAUCAGAAAUAUCAGCUGAUGUUAUGUAUUGAAAUUUUUUUCCAACACUCUAAUGCAGAAUCAGUGUGUGAAAUCAUCAAUAUUUUCCAGAAGAGUGAACUGUGUAGCAAAAAACUAUCCUUUUUUUUUUUUUUUGGGGCAGGUUAAAUAAGCGCAAAAACUUUAAAGAAUACUUUGAGGUUAGGACUUAGUAUCACUCAGUUAACCCCAAGAUGUGUGAUGAGGCAUCCUGUAUCUCAGGAUAGCAGCAGUUAAUAAUAUGAGUAAGAUCCUGUGGAUCAUUAUUUUAAUCAGUGAAUGAAUGCAUUUCCCCCCAGUUGACUAUGUGAAGCCAUUUUUACCAUUUUUGCUUAGAAAUGGGAAAAACAAUUUCUCAAUACAAGAUUUUAAAACCUUCCUUGCCCUCCUAAUUGUUUUUUUGAUUGUCAGAUAGUCAUUCCAACUUGCUGAAGUAGUUGUAUUAGCAGUAUUACUGGGUUCAGGACUGGUAGAACUCUGUAAAGUCAUGUAGUAACUGCUAGUUAUGAUUUUCCUGAAAUAGAGUGGUAUUCAAAAUUAUUUGUGUUUUUAGAGGAUGAUGGGAUACCUUUUCGAUUUUUUUGUAUUGUUUCAAAAUCUUCAGCACAGGUUUGCUAAAUAUAGAAAAACAGGCUUGAAAAUGCUGUCCAGACUCUUCCGAAUGCAUGGCCUUUUCGUGGCCUCUCAUCCAUGGGAAGUCAUUGUGGGAACAGUGACUCUCACUAUCUGCAUGAUGUCUAUGAAGAUGUUCACUGGGAAUGAUAAGAUCUGUGGCUGGAAUUAUGAAUGCCCCAAACUUGAAGAAGAUGUUCUAAGCAGUGACAUCAUCAUCCUGACAAUCACACGCUGCAUAGCAAUUCUUUAUAUAUAUUUCCAGUUUCAGAACCUAAGACAGCUUGGAUCAAAAUAUAUUUUAGGUAUUGCUGGCCUCUUCACAAUCUUCUCAAGUUUUGUUUUUAGUACAGUGGUAAUUCACUUCUUGGAUAAAGAACUGACAGGUUUAAACGAAGCUUUACCAUUCUUCCUGCUUCUGAUUGAUUUGUCAAGAGCAAGUGCACUAGCUAAAUUUGCGCUCAGUUCCAACUCACAGGAUGAAGUAAGAGAAAAUAUUUCACGUGGGAUGGCAAUAUUAGGCCCUACAUUUACCCUGGAUGCACUUGUGGAGUGUCUUGUAAUUGGUGUUGGUACCAUGUCAGGUGUACGACAGCUUGAAAUUAUGUGCUGCUUUGGCUGUAUGUCUGUUCUUGCCAACUACUUUGUCUUCAUGACCUUCUUUCCAGCUUGUGUGUCCUUGGUAUUAGAGCUUUCAAGAGAGAGUCGUGAAGGACGCCCUAUAUGGCAGCUUAGUCAUUUUGCUCGUGUUCUGGAAGAAGAAGAGAAUAAACCAAAUCCUGUAACACAGAGGGUCAAAAUGAUUAUGUCACUGGGUUUGGUUCUUGUUCACGCCCAUAGUCGUUGGAUAGCAGAACCAGCUGCUCAAAACAGUACUGUUGAAAAUUCGGUGGGAUUGGAUGAGAAUGCACCAAAGAGAAUUGAACCUAAUGUUUCACUGUGGCAGUUUUACCUUUCUCGAAUGGCCAGUAUGGAUAUUGAGCAAGUAAUUACGCUUGGAUUAGCCCUUCUCCUUGCUGUCAAAUAUAUUUUCUUUGAGCAAGCAGAGACUGAAUCUACUCUCUCAUUGAAGAAUCCCAUAACAUCUCCUGUGAUGGUACAGAAAAAGGUCCCUGAAAAUUGUUGCAGGAAGCAGACUGGACUUCUGAAAAACAAUCAGAAAUCUAACACAGCAGAAGAAGCUUUCAUUGCCAAAGAUGAAAGUGCUGAAGUCAUAAAACCUGUAUUAGCAGAGUCAUCAACCAAGGCUACAUUUGUGGUUGGCAAUUCCAGCCCUGUGGAAACUUUUUCAAAUCCCAGUGGAAAGGAGGAAGAGAUUGAGUUACCUAAAGAACCACGUUCUAUUGAGGAAUGUGUUCGUAUACUUGGAAAUGCACAGGAAGGAGCAAAAUUUCUUACUGAUGCUGAGGUUAUCAGUUUAGUUAAUGCUAAGCAUAUUCCUGCAUACAAACUGGAAACCCUGAUGGAAACCCAGGAGCGAGGUGUAUCCAUUCGCAGACAGAUGUUAUCUAAGAAACUUCCUGAACCUUCAUCUUUGCAGUAUCUUCCUUACAGGAAUUAUAAUUAUUCUUUGGUGAUGGGAGCUUGCUGUGAAAAUGUGAUUGGAUAUAUGCCUAUUCCUGUAGGCGUAGCAGGACCGCUGUUUCUGGAUAACAAAGAGUUUCAGGUGCCAAUGGCAACAACAGAAGGAUGUCUUGUAGCAAGCACAAACAGAGGAUGUAGAGCAAUAUGUCUUGGUGGAGGAGCAAGUAGCCGCAUUCUGGCAGAUGGGAUGACUCGAGGACCUGUUGUAAGGUUACCCACUGCUUGCCAAGCUGCAGAGGUCAAAGUCUGGCUUGAAAGCCCUGAAGGUUUUAAAAUAAUGAAGGAAGCUUUUGACAGCACAAGUAGGUUUGCCCGCCUACAAAAACUUCUCAUCAGUUUGGCUGGUCGUAACCUUUAUAUCCGUUUUCAGUCUGGAACAGGGGAUGCAAUGGGAAUGAACAUGAUUUCAAAAGGUACUGAAAAGGCACUGGCGAGGCUGAAUGAAGAGUUUCCUGACCUUCAAGUUAUAGCAAUCAGUGGUAACUACUGUACAGACAAAAAACCUGCUGCUAUAAACUGGAUAGAAGGAAGAGGAAAAUCUGUUGUCUGUGAAGCCGUCAUUCCAGCUAAGGUUGUUAGAGAAGUAUUGAAAACGACUACGGAAGAUCUAGUUGAAGUCAAUAUAAACAAAAAUUUGGUGGGUUCUGCGAUGGCUGGUAGCAUAGGUGGCUACAACGCACAUGCAGCAAACAUUGUGACAGCGAUCUACAUUGCCUGUGGUCAGGAUGCCGCGCAGAAUGUGGGCAGCUCCAACUGCAUCACUUUGAUGGAGAGAACUGGUUCCACCAACGAAGACCUGUACAUCAGCUGCACGAUGCCUUCUAUAGAAAUAGGGACUGUUGGUGGAGGCACCAACUUGCUCCCACAGCAGGCCUGUUUGCAGAUGUUAGGGGUUCAAGGAGCAAGCCAAGAUAACCCUGGUGAAAAUGCCCGUCAGCUUGCUAAAAUAGUUUGUGCUACAGUGAUGGCAGGGGAAUUAUCUCUAAUGGCUGCUCUUGCAGCAGGACAUCUAGUUAAAAGCCACAUGAUCCACAACAGGUCAAAGAUAAAUCUACAGGAUCUUCAAGGAACCUGCACUAAAAAGGCAGCUUGAAUACUAAAAUGGCUUUGAAAUGAAGAAUUGUUCUAGUAACUGACCAGGUGCACAAGGAAAAAAAAACCAAAAUGUAUGAAGUUUAAAAUAAAGAUCGCCUUCAACUCAAUAAUGUCUCUGUAAGAGAAACUAAGAGAUCAAGACUUGAGACUAGUUAUGCUUGACCUUCUUCAGUGGUUAGAGACUGUGAAAGAAGUCCUGUCAGACGUCUUGAACAUGGCUUUCAAAUUCUUACUCUUACACAUCAUUUUCUAAAGAGUCAGUCAUGUUUUUACAGGUUGAGAUUAUUUUACCUAACAAGGUCCUGGUAACUACUAAACUGAAAAGUAAUGUAAUGUACUUUGUAUGUUUCAAGUAACAAAACAAAAGAAGUUGGUGUAAACUUGGAUUGAAUGCACUGGUCCUUGCCAUCUUUAUUUUCUGGUUAGACAAGCAUGUUUUUUAAAGUGAUGGCAAGCCUAAUCACUUUUUAUGAACUCCCAGUUUUAAUUUGUUCACAUGUGAAACAGGUGUUAGGCUAUCAGACAGUUUAAUUGAAUUAUAUUAGUUUAAUAGAAAUCUCUGUCUGUAUAUAGUACUUAAUUUGCUGCUACUUCAGCUAAGCAGUGUUCAGUGUUUAACUCCACAAUUUAGGUUAUUCCUUUAUGUAAAACUUGUGAUCUGUAAAGUUCUGAACUGUUAAAUAUAAUCUGUACUGAAGUAGGGAAGAACAAUAUCUUCAACUGUUUUGUUACUUUGUAGAAAAAAUGAAAUGGUAACUUCAAAAGUUAUGUGUCAGACACGUAUUUAAUGUAGUUUCUCAAACAUUAUUUGAUAGGAGUGCAUUCAAACAAACGAGUCAAGAACAGAUGUUUACACUUACCUAACAAGAAGUCUCUUUAGGAAUAUACAUACACAUUGUGUACCUUAUGUUGGGGAUUUUUUAUAAGGUGUUUGACACUUACUCUCCAAGAAUAGGUGUUUAUCCACCGUUUAAGCUGAGAUAAAGCAAAGCCAGAAAACCACACUGUUCUUAAAAAAGAAAGGAGGGGAUUUUUUUCUUUUCAUUUCCUUUUGAGUCGAGUAUUUAUUUUAAGAAGAAAUCUUUUUUGUCAAUGAAAAGUACUAAUUAAGGGGAUUCAAUGAAAUGACAUGUUAAUGUAAGAAGCAGUUUUUGUAAUAAAAUACUGUACUUGGACCAGUGAAGCAGUCUCAGGUGUUCUUACUGUAAUAAAGAAAAUCCAGGUUUAUUCUGGUUUGAUUCACCUUUGGGAAUACUGCUAAAUUCAUAGCCCUGCCUAGCUAAUCACAGGAGGAAAAUAAUUAAUAUGCUUGAUGAUUUAUUUGUUUGGUUGGUGUGGGCUUUUCUUGUUUGACUUUUUGUGGGGGGAAUCAGUGGAUUGGGCUGGGUUUCCUGCAGCAUCAUUCCUAAAGGGGUGACUAGUAGAGGUGCUCUUCUAAUGUGCAGAUUUGAUAUACAUCAUGGUGGAUUGCUUUGUAGUACAUUUACACAUUAAUAUCCAUUGUAAUGAGCUCAUAAAUGUAAUGUGCAAGCAUGAAGACAUACUACAUGCUAGAUGUUAUGAUGGCCUGUAAAUGGCAAAUACCAUGAAUGUUUAUCUUCCUGCAGUAUUGUUGCUAAUCGCUACUAUUUUUAUUUAAGGAAACUUGGAAUUACUUUGUUUCUAUGUUCAUUCAAUGAUUUUAUUUAACACUGGUCUGGCAAUAAAUGAUGGCUCAGUGUUCAUUUUGGUGGAUUUAACUGACAUUCUGUCUGGCAGAAUUAACUUUUUGUAUUAUUACUAAACUGUGUACAUUUUGGUACAGAACUACUUUUUCAGUUUCAGUAAAACUAUGGAAAACA